AUGAAUUUGAGACUGAAGAAAGUGAAAAAAAUACGAUGGAUUUUGUUGAAUUUCCAGAUUUGGUAUCAUUUUAUUUAAAAAAAAAUGGGAUUGAAGUUAAAUUUUUUUACGCGUAUCAGCAACAUGUAAUAAAAUCAGCUGUCAGAAUAAAAAAUCUAAUAGAUUAAGAAUUGAAGAAUGUACCAUCUACAAUAAUAGUUGGAAAAUUCAACUCACAACUUCAAAGUUCUCACUUAAAUAAAUAUUUUCCAGGACUAUUCUAACUGAUCUAUCUUUCACUGUUUUCACAAUGCCCUAUGUUUUUCUAACCUCAGGAACAAUAAGUUUUCUUGGUCUUUUCGAAUAUUUCGAUAUUCCAUCAAAAUUUCAAAUGUUUUUUGUUCAAAUGAUGUUUGGAGUUCUCUCAAUGUCGAUUAUUGCAAUUUUUGAGAAUCGACAUAGUGCAAUUUCAACAAUCACAUUUACAGUUCCAAAAGGAUUUCGAAAAGUGCUUUUCUAUUUCUUCAAUUUGGUUUUUCAGGCGAUUUCAUUUUCUAGUUAUUUAUUAACUGAUUAUGAUACAGAAUAUUAUAAAAUUAUCAUUCUGAAAACAAUAUCUCCAUGCCCAGAUCCAUUAUUUUUCAAAAAAUCAACUCAUAUAAUUUCAAUGAAACCAAUUAUUGUUGCACUUGCUGUGUUGAUUUGUCUUUUAGUUCUUGCUUUGCAAACUGGAUUUUUUAUACUUCACUCAAUUUAUCAUUUGGUUUAUGCUUUCAAUAUUUCAAUAUCUCGAAAUACUAGACAACUUCAGAAAAAGUUUAUAAUCAGUCUUUUGAUACAAGUGACAAUUCCAUUUGCAAUUGUUGGUUUUCCGUUGGGUCUCAGUAUAUUGACAACAUUUUUUGGAAUUCAAAGUCAAGUUCUUGCUUGUCAAACAUUCUUAGCUCUUGGUAUGCAUGGGUUCAUUGCAUCGAUUUCUUUUAUAAUUUCACAUAAAGAAAUUCGAGAUUAUACAAUGGGUUUAUUUUGGAAAGCAGUACGAGUUAAUAAAAAAAUGUCGAAUGUUAUCGAUACAAGUUUUGUGAUAUGA